AUGUCUCUCGCUGACGAAUUACUUGCUGAUUUAGAAGAAAAUGAUGACGUUGAUCUUGAAGCUACUUUAGAGCCAACAACCUCAGACCAACACGAAUUCGCGGUUCCUUUUCCUGUUAUACCGAAGGAAGAACAAAUAAAAAAUGUUUCAAUUAGGGAAUUAGCCAAGUUGAGGGAUUCCGAUAGUCUAAAGCGUGUUGUAACUGAAAUUGCAUCAAAUGCUGGGCACAAUAGGAACAAAAUGGAAGUAACUGGACUAAUGGAAUCAGAUCCAGAGUAUCAACUAAUUGUUGAAGCAAAUAAUAUUGCAGUUGAAAUUGAUGGUGAAAUAGCUAUUAUUCACAGAUUUGUCCGAGACAAGUACCAGAAGCGCUUUCCUGAACUGGACUCCCUGAUUGUGACUCCCCUUGAAUAUAUCCGAUCAGUAAAGGAACUCGGUAAUGACUUGGACAAGGCUAAGAGCAACGAGACAUUACAAAGCUUUUUAACACAGGCAACUAUAAUGAUUGUCUCAGUUACUGCAUCUACAACACAAGGGAAAUUACUAUCUGAUGAUGAAUUAAGUGAAAUCAAUGAGGCUUGUAACAUGGCAUCAGAGCUAAAUACUUUCAAGUCGAAGAUAUAUGAGUAUGUGGAGAGCCGAAUGACGUUUAUUGCACCAAAUGUUACUGCUAUUGUUGGUGCUUCAACAGCUGCUAAAAUUCUUGGUGUGGCAGGAGGUCUCUCCAAACUUGCCAAAAUGCCGGCAUGUAAUGUUCUGCCCCUGGGACAACAAAAGAAGACCUUGUCUGGUUUCUCUCAAGCAGCUGCUCUUCCUCACACAGGCUUUAUAUACUUUUCACAAAUUGUCCAGGACACAACUCCAGAGCUUCGAUAUAAAGCAGCAAAGUUGGUGUCGACGAAGCUUACACUUGCUGCUCGCGUCGACUCCUGUCAUGAGAGCCCCGAUGGACAAAUUGGUCGGCAGCUGCGCGAAAAUAUUGAGAAGAAAUUAGAUAAAUUACAGGAACCGCCGCCAGUGAAGUUCGUGAAGCCGCUACCGAAGCCAAUAGAGCAGAGCCGCAAGAAGCGGGGAGGCAAGCGCGUGCGCAAGAUGAAGGAGCGAUACGCUAUGACGGAGUUCCGCAAGAACGCCAAUCGGCUCAAUUUCGCUGACAUUGAAGAUGACGCGUACCAAGAGGAUUUGGGUUACACUCGUGGUACAAUUGGCAAAUCCAGUACCGGCCGAGUUAGGUUACCGCAAAUAGACGAGAAGACCAAAGUCCGCAUAAGUAAAACACUGCAGAGGAAUCUACAGAAACAGCAGCAGUAUGGGGGCGCGACUAGUAUUAGACGCCAGGUGUCGGGUACGGCGUCUUCGGUUGCCUUUACCCCGCUACAGGGCUUGGAGAUAGUGAAUCCUCAGGCGGCGGAGACGAAAGGUAACGAGGGAAACGCAAAAUACUUUUCCAAUACUUCGGGUUUUCUUUCAGUCGGCAAAAAGACCACGUAG